AUGUAUGUUUGUGAGGAAGCAAAUGGAAAACGUUAUAAAUCGGUCAAUAACGUUCUCGAUGGGAAAUCCUCGAAUAUUAACAAGUUGAAGGGAAAGUCGACGUCGAGAAUCAGUAAUUUCCAAAACGAAGAAUAUUUUGAAGAGGAUUUCGAAGGACCAGGUUCAUCAAUGUCCGGUGGUUUAGGACGAUUGCAAAGUGAGGAGGAAUCCGAGGACAGUCUUUGGAAUGUCCCAAAUAAUGCAGCGGGGCCAGGAUAUGCACCAGUAGCUCCAAGUGACCGGUGGCUCGACGGACUGAAUGCGAAUGUUGGCGAUUGUAUUGUAUACCGAGGUGAAGCAUGUCGUGAAUACCUCACCGGUCGACAUGUUAUGAUCGUAAGCGAUAACAGAGAGGACAUGUACGAUGUCGAUCGCAAUCUUCGGGCAGCGAUGAUGUUCAUUAACAGUAGCCCGGUCAUAUCGGCACAGUGUAAACACUAUUCUCAUGCUGUCGCAUGCUAUCAUAUGUAUAAAAUAUGUGACAGAGGACCCGGAACAGACUAUCGAGCCACAUCCGGUAUGCCUAAUAUAUUAACGAUUUGUCGGAAGGAUUGCGAUGCGUUGCAGGCAGAUCUAUGUCCUAAAGAAUUAGCACUAGCAGCUGAACAUGACUUGGUUGGCGACGAUCCCAAAGCUCUUCUUCCCAAAUGUCAGUCGUUAAAUCCGAAAGCGGAAUACUGCAUACCAAUUAUUAGUGUUGCUGAUCAGUCUGAGGGUAAUACUGACUUGUCUUCUGAUUUUCCGAAAGAGUUACCGCAUUGGUGUUAUAUGGAUAGCGGUAAAACUUACGAAGGUAAUGCUUCUUUAACAAAAUCUGGAAAGCGUUGCAUGAAUUGGACACAGAGCUCCUCAAGAGAAUUCAAUAUUGAUCGGUAUCCAUCCUUGCGAACUAGCAGGAAUCAUUGUCGCAAUCCUGGUGGUAAGAAAAGCUCUCCAUGGUGUUUUACUCAUCCAAAUGGACAAGAAGAAUACUGUGAUAUCAGUCAAUGUCCUCCUAGUAUGUAUCCUUACUUAAGGGAUCGAGAAGUGAUGGGAACCAUUGAUGAUGAUGGUUCUAUAAUCGGAGAUAUAUCGGACAUUUGGUCAAACUUGUCGUCUCCUUGGCAGCUAGCAAUACUUGGUGGUUUUGGAUUUUUCAUUUUUAGUCUGAUUCUUCUGUGUUGUUAUUGUUGUUGUCGAAGAAGACGUAGCGAAGCAGCAAGUUCAUCAGCUAUCAAGAAAAAUGGGUUACAAAACUGUAAUGGAUGCAGUAUUGCAAGCAGUGCUGUAAACAGCACGUAUUAUCGGAAACUGAAUGGUACAGCAAACACUGAUCCAAACAAUGCAGCUUUCGAACUUUCUUCGUUGAUACAAGCACCAACAAAUAGCAAUACUUUUAUGCAACAUCAUCAUUCUGGUAGUUAUGCUCAGUACAGUCCAAGACCUUCAACUGAGCCUUCCGUUGAGCCUUAUCAAAUUCCUGAAAUACAGUCUAGUCAGUUGCAAAUCGGCGAUUUGAUUGGCGAAGGACAGUUUGGUAUGAUACACAAUGGCAGUUGGCAUGGUUCACUUCUUAAUGGCGAACCAAUACAGGUGGCAGUGAAAUCGUUGAAAUCUGGAAGCAGUGCAGUGGAAAGACAAAAUUUUGAGGAAGAAAUCCGUACGAUAGCACCUUUCGAUCAUCCAAAUGUUGUGCGUUUACUUGGUGUUUGUUACUUUGAUACACAGCAGCUGAGUGCUGUAUUUGAAUACAUGGUACAUGGUGAUCUUCAUGACUUUCUGCUUCUCCGAGCGCCAAAAACUAAUGGAUAUGAGCAAGUAGUAGAUCAAGAGCGGAUCAUCGCUGAUAAUGAAGAUUUCUUACGUAUUGCCCUCCAGAUUGCAUAUGGUAUGAAGUAUUUAUCGAGUAUGAAUUUCGUACAUCGUGAUUUAGCAGCCAGAAAUUGUCUCGUGGCUGAUCAGCGAGUUAUUAAAAUUGCUGAUUUUGGUUUAGUCCGAAAUUGCUAUGAGAAGGACUACUAUAAGGUAAUGCAUCGAACUUGGUUACCAGUUCGUUGGAUGUCACAAGAAGCGAUUCAAUGCGGUCGUUUCAGUGAAGCAACUGAUGUUUGGUCGUUUGGAGUAACUUUAUGGGAAAUUUACUCGUACGGAAGGCAGCCAUAUGAGAGUUACUCACAUCAGGAUGUUAUCGAAUUGAUCUGUGUGCGAAGCCUACUAGAAUGUCCACAGAACUGCCCAACUAAUAUAUAUAGUUUAAUGGUAGAGUGUUGGCAUGAGCAUCCAGAACGACGGCCAACAUUCAGUGAACUUUAUUCACGUCUGCAGACUUGGUCACUCACAAGUCCAUCGCAGUCUGUACUUUCACACCAGCAAAAUCAUCCUGGCAGUUCGCAUUCCGACUCAAGUGCUGCUGCAAAUCGAGGCAGCAGGCAGUCAUCAUCAACUCCAUCGCUUAGUUUAUUACGUGGUACUACCGGCAAUACUUCACUUGGAACUGCUCCAAGUAUGGCUACUACAGCCUUUUCGGUACCUUCACCAGCUCCAAUGCAAACAAUGAUGACGUUGAACGGAGUGCAUCCUUACCAAGUUGGUGCGGUAACUUAUUAUAGAAGUACUCACUUAGUAUCUGGUGGAAAUCAUAACCGUUCACCGAAAACUCGUUUGCAAAAUACGGCAACUAGAACGAGUAAUAAUACAAUGACAACAGCAUCGUUGAUGCGUCAUCAAGGAACAUCACAUUUCAACUAUUCCGGCGAUGAUGCAGCAAGUGAGGAAUCUGACUAA